AUGAUGAAAAAGGCUCUUUUGAUCGCCAUUGAAUACCUACCAUCUUCAGAUAACGAGGAGAGACUUGACGAAGAUGUGGAGGAUCUUGACGAAGAUUUGGAAGGUGGGGAUCUGUUCAUGGGAUGUAUAAAUGAUGUGCUUGGAAUAGAAUCUCACCUACUAGAGGCCUGUGGCUUUCAACAGGAAAACAUUCAAAAGCUGAUUUCCUAUCCACCCACUCAUGAAGAGUUCCAAGAUGAAGCAAAACCCCCCACAUAUUCCAAUCUGCUAGAGGCCUUUGACUUCAUGCAUAAGGAAGGAAAUGAAAGCGACAUUUUUUAUUUUCACUUCUCAGGCCCUUCCUGUAAGAUUUACCAAGAAGCGGUGGGGGGAUAUCCUAAGAGAGACAAAGGACUCCGAAUACUGGAUGACAGUGAACAGAAAUCUUAUAUUUACGAGUCAGAGCUUGUCUUCAUCUUCAAAAAGCUCGCGGAAAAGGGCAUUGAUUGUUGCGUGACUAUCGACUCGUGCGAUAACGGGGACAUUGAAACCUCGCCCAAUUUUCGUGGCUCGAGACUAAGCAACUGCCAGCUCGCUGGAAUGCUAGAUCAUUUUAGUCUUGAGGGGAACUAUCAGAAUGCCCGGCUCCAAAACCAGGAUUCGCCAUUAAGCCAUACAGUGCUGUCUUUGAAGUCCGGGCAGGGUCAGUCUGCAAAGUCCGUCUACGACGCCUCUUUGAAGAAACAUUUUGGGUUUCUCACUGCUUUCCUUCUUUUAAUAAUAAAGAGAAGUACCACACCGUUGACUUGGGAUGAAAUUGUCUGGGAAAUAGGGUUGGAGACAGGUGAUAGAAACCCGACUGUGAGGAGCUCUGGAUCAACAGAUCGGCUUUUUCUCUGUGGCCAAAAGGAGCAGAUGACAUACUCGCUGCUGCGGUUCUCAGGGACUCUCGAUGUACUUGGCAAGAAGCCGACAAAGCUCAUCAUCGAGGGAGGGGAAGUUCAUGGGCUCUUUAUAGGAGCAAUGGGAUGUUUUACUCCAUUGAGGAGGGAAGUGCGAGAAAAGGGAAUCAGUGGAAGCACUACAUUGUUUUUCAAAAUUGUCAAUGUGAACCAGCUUUUUAGCCACGCGGAGCUCAAUGACGCAUCGGUCACUAUUGAAAUGGGUAAGUAG